AUGCGACCUUCAUUGCACGUACCAUGGCUCAAGAACGCAUCACUCCUUCUCUGGCACCCCCGAGCACCUCCGCAAAGCCUCGUUCCACGCCGUAUCGCGACCACGUCCGCCCACAACGCUGCGCCUGUUGACCUUCCGAGGCUGAUCGUCCCUCACGGCUCGAAAGAUCAUAAUUCGCUGGCGACAUUUAUCGAAUACGCGAACCGCGCGAAACUCUCUCCUCUACGAACGUACUACGUGGGAACCCACUAUGAGUACACGGCUGCUCUUUCCCUCAUGCGACUUGGCUUUUCUCUUCUUCGCACAGGCGCAAAGAACGACGCUGGCAUCGAUCUCAUCGGACACUGGGUUUUGGCGCCUUUGAACGAACCAUUGCCCGUCAUUAUCCAGUGCAAAGCACGAACAUGUUCACUCGGGCCGUGCCAUGUCCGCGAGCUCGAAGGAUCGUUUCGCGCCAUGCCUGCUGAAUGGAGGAGAAAGCCUGUUUUGGGUUUGCUAGCGACAACGUUGAAGGCCACAAAAGGGACGAUGGAGGCUAUAAGACGAAGUUCUUGGCCCAUGGGCUUCGUCAUGAUUUCCAGGCAAGGGUUGAUCCAGCAAUUUGUGUGGAACAGAGCUGCUUCAGACCAUGGGCUGCAAGGCGUUGGGGUGACAGUGAGGCAUACGCCGCGGGCACUUUUAGUCGAAGCUGAAGUACUGAAGGAGGUAGAAGAAAAGACUUCUCAGCAGAAGAAACGUACAUUCAAAUUCGCAAACGCAGGCACACAGACAGACAUACAGUUGACAUGGAUGGGCUCACCCAUUUUCCCCGAACGGGAUACCCUGGAUCGAGAGACGCUGGAUUUGAUUGCUCUGGCUGCCCCAAAACAGGCUACAGAGCAACCGAAACGUCGACCCGGUCGACCUAAGAAGGGGGAAGAAGUUCAGGCUGCUGUUGUUCGACUCAGAAGGGGACCAAAGCGUACGAGGGACAAUGCACCUUCACCUCGUGGCGGUCAGGUCGCCAAACCUAGACAUCCACUUGUGGCUCCCAAGGGUGGUAGGCCAAAGGGCGCCAAGAACAAAGUCAAAAGCCCGAGCGACGUGGGCUGA